ACAGAAUGCCUGAGGGAGGCUCUGCUGACCUCUCGAUCCCGGCUUCAAGAGCUGGAAAUGGAGCGGGAGCACCAAAAGGUGGAACGGCAGCAGCUUUUGGAAGACUUGAAGGAGAAGCAGCAGGAGAUCUUGCAUUUCGAGGAGGAACGACUAUCUCUCCAGGAGAAAGACUCCAGGCUGCAGCAUAAGCUGGCCCUCUUGCAGCAUCAGUGUGAAGAGAAACAGCAGCUUUUCCAGUCCCUCCAGUCAGAGCUACAGAUCUACGAGGCACUUUAUGGCAAUUCCAAGAAGGGGCUGAAAGCUUACACCUGGGAUGCCUGUCACCAAGUCCCUUUGAGCAGUGACUUGAGCCACCUGAUGGCAGAGAUCCGAGCUUUGAGAGGGCAGCUGGAGCAGAGCAUUCAUGUGAACAACUGUCUGCGACUACAGCUCGAGCAGCAGUUGGAUGGUGGUGCCAGCAAAACCAGCCUCAGCCCCUCCUCUGUUAACCAGAAAUUCCCCACCAACACUGACCCUGGAAACAAGCAGCUGCUCUUCCAAGAUUCAGUUGCCUCCCCUCCAGUUCGGGAUGUGGGCAUGAAUUCUCCACUUCUGGUCUUCCCCAGCUCUUCUUCUGCUGCUCAUGGCUCAGAGACCACAACCUUCAAUAGGACAAAUGAGCUGGGUUUGGAUGCUUCUCCAGUAAUGAAGAACCCUCCCAAGCUGGAGGGUGAUGCUACUGAUGGCUCCUUUGCCAAUAAGCAUGGCCGCCAUGUCAUUGGCCACAUUGAUGACUACAAUGCCCUAAGCCAGCAGAUUGGGGAGGGCAGACUGCUGGUCAAGAAGAUAGCGUCGCUCAUGAGAUCAACCUGCAACUUCCCUGGCCUUGAAGCUCCAGGCACAGAGGUGAUGAGUAGUGAAGGCAUCCACGAGCUCAGGAGCAGCGCCAACGCCCUUCACCAACGACUGGAGGAGUCGGCCUCCCUCCUCACCAUGUUCUGGCGAGCAGCCUUGCCAAGCUCCCACAGCCCUGCGCUGGACAGCAAAGCGGGUGAGUCCAUGAAAAGGCAGCUUCUGGAACUGAGAGCCAAACUAUCCAAACAGGAGAGUCUCCUUCAGAGCACAGCUGAGCAUCUGAAGACCGCCAACCAGCAGAAGGAGAGCAUGGAACAGUUUAUCUUCAGCCAGUGUGAAAUCCCUAAGGGCUCCGCCAUGCACUCCAGUCCUGUGACCCUUGCCUUCCAGGAGCCAAGCAAGAAGCGAAGCCACCAGAGGUCCUUAAAACUGCAGGGAGGAUGGGCCUGCCCCCCUUCUUUGCAGCUUCCUGUCUGCUGAGGAGGAUCUGGGUCCCACUCCUCCACACCUGCUAGAGGGUCUGAAAGGAGUUCGAGAUGUGGCCUGAUGGGGCAGGGCGAAAGGCAGAGGGCCUCUCCUGCAGUUGUUGAGGAAUAACCAGCCAUGGUCCACUGGGCCCAGCACUAAGCAAAACAGGCACAGUUUGUAGAGGACCUUGUGACACUGCUUCUGAACACCCCAGGGGUAUGGGAACCAGCAACAGCACAUUUCUCACCUUAUCCUCAGAGGGUCAACUCAGGGGAAACAGGACCUGCUUCCUAGCAAUGGAGCAUGUGGUCCCCACACUGGAGUUCCACGGCAGAUCGAAAAGCUCAGGACUGAGCAGCGGUGCCCUGCAGGACAGUGUUGGCAGACCUAACCUGGGCCAGCGAGCUGGGUCACAGUCAGGCUGGGGAUUGGUCUACACUGCAGCACCUGAGUUAUUUGAAUCCAUGUGGUGAGAGCAGUGAUUCCCAGAGGCCAUCUCAUGCUUAGCCUAGACCUCCUAUUUCUAUUCUAUUAUGAUCUCCAAAAAGUGUACUGACCUUACUCUAAAUAUGCUGUCCCACUUUGUCAUCCCAGCUUCUCUCUGGGAACUGGGGACUAAUGGCCACACCAAGCCCAUUGAAAGUCUUGUGUAAAGCAAAUCAGUGAUCAUUUUUAAGUGACAUGUGAGCAACCCCCAGUUGCUAAAGCCGAGUCUGUGUCUUCACAGUGCUUUAGAAUGUGUGUAUGUGUGUAUAAAUGUAUGAUAUAUAUUUAUAUAUGUUGCUAUAGCGAUAUGUUGAAGGCUAACAUAACUGGUGGAUAGGGUCAGUGGGAGGAAAUGAAACAGUCUUUUUGGUGGCUAUUA